CUCUUGCGCCGCUUGGAUAUGAACAUCUUCCAGAACGUCCGCGAGUACUUGACGCCGGUGCUGUCCGAGUCGGGGUUCGUGACGGAUGGUGUAUUGACGCCCGAGGAGUUUGUCGCUGCGGGGGACCAGCUUUGCUACAAGUGCCCGACGUGGCGAUGGGAAGGCGGUGACGUGAGCAGUCGUCGGUCGUACUUGCCUCCACACAAACAGUUUCUUCGCACGACGGGGGUCCCGUGCCGCCGCCGUGUGACGUCACUCGAACAAGAUUACAUUGGAGAAACAACGGUCGAGGACGACAACGACUGGCUCGAGACCCACAACCAGAACAAGCACGUCGAAGACACGGCUGAACGCAUGCAUCAUAUCUCGCUCGACGGCGGGUCGCCGACGUCGGCAUCGCAAACAAACAUACUUAGUGCCCUCGUCGACGAGCAUUUUCAAGUGUCUGCGGCACGUGGACCACCCACGGGUCAUGCCAAUGCGUCGUCCCCACCCGACCUCAGUGCUUUUGACGACGACGACAACCUCGUCGACGACACGGACGAAGCCACCCUCACGUACAUUGCAACGUCCGAGCCGGAACCGACCGAACUCGAUGCUGAUGGCAACCUCGUGUACACACGGACGUACGACGUCUCGAUCAGUUACGACAAGUACUAUCGCACCCCCCGCGUGUGGUUGUUUGGGUACGAGGAGAGCGGUGCGCCGCUCAAGCCAGACGACAUGCUGCAAGACAUCAUGCAGGACUACGCGAACAAGACGGUCACGAUCGACCCGCACCCCCAUUUGACCGGCAUCCCACAUGCAUCCAUUCAUCCGUGCCAGCAUGGCGCUGUCAUGAAGCGCAUCGUGGCCAACUUGAUGGCCGGCGGCAAAGAAGUUCGCAGCGACCAGUACAUGUUUAUCUUUCUCAAGUUCUUGCAAUCUGUGAUCCCCACCAUCGACUACGACUACACCAUCGACGUUGAAGCCAAAUCGUCGUGAAAGCUUCCGCGGGGUCGACGUCCACGGUCGAGACAGCGUCCAUGGUCGUGUAUAUACUUAAAUGAUUCCUGUCGAGUCGGUGGACUCUGCCUCGACACGAACUUUUCUUUCUCGA